CACAAAUGUUACAGGAAGAAAGAGUGUUUACACAAAGCAGCCUGAGAAAGGAGAAACUGCUGAAAACUUGGGAAAACCAGUAAUUCUCAGGUCUCAGAAAAUCGGGCCCACACCCCACUUUUAGGGAGAUUUAACAACCAGCUCCCCUUUCCAGCCCCGGGCUGGCCCAAGGACUGCAGCGAGAUCCCCCGCGGGAGCCACAGCGGCGUGUACAUCAUCCAGCCCAAGGGGCUGCACCACCUCGUGGUGUACUGCGAGAUGAACGUCACCCACGGCGGCUGGACCGUCAUCCAGAGGAACCAGAGGGACACCCCGGUCACCUGGGCAGAGUCCUGGAGCACCUACAAGUUCGGCUUCGGCAACGUGCGCACCGAGUACUGGCUGGGCACCGAGUACAUCCACCAGAUCGCCAAGCAGAAGGUGUACCAGGUGAGGUUUGUCAUCCAGGACUCGGCAGACGGCCUCAGCUUCGCAGACUACAACCUGUUCAGCGUGGAGGACGAGUCCCAGGGCUACCGCCUGCGGCUGGGCUCCUACAACGGCACGGCCGGGGAUGCCAUGACCUCGGACAACCCCAACAGCAUGCACGACAACAUGAAAUUCUCCACCAAGGACCGGGACCAGGACACCUACAGUAAGAACUGUGCCUACAGCUACGAGGGCGGGUGGUGGUACUCGUCGUGUUACUCGUUCCAGAGUCUGCAGCUGGAGCGGGAAACGUGUUUGGCUUCAAACUGCACCCAGGCCAGGGUGAAUCUGUCCCUGCGCCCUCGGCUGGAGGAUGGGAAGGCUUCCCUGGCCAUCAAGUACCAGGAGCUGCAGGAGCUCCGAGAGGCGUGUUGGGACAAGCAGCAGCGGCUGGAGGCUUACCUGGAGAAGUGGGGCCCACAGAGCGCCCUGAGCCAGCUCCAAGCCAAGCUUGAUGCCUCUGAAGCAGAGUCAGAGGCACAGAUAAAGCAGUUCCUGGCCCAGGACCUGCCCCUCGAGUCCUUUCUGGAGUCCUUUUGCCAGAGCCGCACUCGCUCCCACGUCUGCCGGACGCAGCUGGAGAAGCUGCAGGAGCUGCUGCAGAAGGACCGGCUGCAGAAGGACCAGAGCGGAGGAGCCCCCAAAGCCUUCGAUCUCUCCUACGGCUUCGUGCCUGCCCUCCUCAUCCCCUCGGAGGCCGUUGUGCCCUUUCCCGUGCCGACUGCACCUCCCAAGCACCAUCUGCCAGCCCUGGGACAGCAGCCAGCAUCUCCCUGCUCCGAAACCCCCAGCCUGGGCUCUCCCCUGCGCCUCGUUGGACACAUCCCUGUGCUCAGUCCCCAGCCCGGCCGCGGGCAGCAGCAGCCGCAGAGCCAGGAGCCCCCGCACCGGUAGCGGGGCAGGGCUGGGGCCCGUCCCCGCUCCUGUGCCUGCAGGGGGCUGUGCAGACACACCGUGGGAGCGUCAGGGGUGGGGGGCGGUGCAGGCACAGCUCCAAAGGGCUGCGGGGCCUGUGGGGCAGGAGCACGGGUGGGUGCUCACAGAGGGGUGGAGGCACUUGGGUGGGGCAGGUGCCAUGGCCGGGGAGGGGGUCCUGCAUUUGG